AUGGCGACCGCUGCCGCCCGACCCGCGGUUCUCCUCCGAAGAGCAGCAGCGCUAAAGAGAGGCGUCGCUGCCGCUUGCCCAGAACACGUCCAAUUAUCACGAUCUUUCUCAGCGGCUCACCAGGCCCAGUCCCAGUCCCAGCGCGCCUCUGCAACAAAUCCCGACUAUGCGAUCCCCAACCCCUCAAGGCCGACGCACUUUGGCUUUGAGACGGUGACUGAGGCCGAGAAGAGAGAGCGCGUUGCCGGCGUCUUCACCAAUGUCGCCGAGUCGUACGACCGCAUGAACGAUAUGAUGUCGUUUGGGUGGCAUCGGGUGUGGAAGGACUAUUUCGUCUCUUCACUGAACCCGGGCUUCAGCCCCCUGACCAGCGGGCCGGACCCUCGCGUGCCGCAGCACAUCCUCGACAUUGCUGGCGGCACCGGCGACAUCGCCUUCCGGAUGCUGCACACGGCGCACGCCGUCAACGGCAACCCCGACGUGCGCGUCACUAUCAGCGACAUCAACCCGGCUAUGCUCUCCGUGGGCAAGCAGCGGUCGCGGACGCUGCCCGCGAGCCAGCAGGCGGCGCUGAGCUUUGUCGAGGCCAACGCCGAGGACCUGACCAAGACCAAGCCGCUGGGCAUGUCCCUCUCUCCCACCACACCCACAUCACCCCCGGUCAACAACUCGACCACGGCCACGUCCAGCAUCCCAGACAACAGCAUCGACCUGUACACAGUCGCUUUUGGCAUCCGCAACUUCAGCAACAUACCCGCGGCGCUGCGCGAGGCGUACCGCGUGCUCAAGCCCGGCGGCGUCUUUGCCUGCCUCGAGUUCAGCAAGGCGGACAAGUACCCCAUCUUGAACGCCCUCUACAAGGAGUGGUCAUUCCGCGCCAUCCCCCUCAUCGGCCAGCUCGUCGCCGGCGACCGCGACAGCUACCAGUACCUAGUCGAGAGCAUCGAGCGGUUCCCGAGCCAGGAGGAGUUCCGCGACAUGAUUGCCGACGCCGGCUUUGUUGUUAGUGGUGCCAACGGCGGCUACGAAGAUCUGACCGGCGGCGUGGCGGCCAUCCACAAGGGCAUGAAGCCGAGAGAUGCUUGA